AGUGCGGCAGUCAAUCCGCCGACCACUUGAGUUUUGUUGACACACUCGCGCAUACCUCGCAGGCAUGCGCACGCAGCUCCGGUCGCGCGUGACAUUAUAAAUACAUAUAAACAGUGAACACCGACAAACAGCUCGUCCGUGCGCGUCCCGUGCGCCGCAGAGACCCCGAGAAACACCAUGUCGACCGCCUUCUCCUUCCAGACACAGCUCGUCUCCAUCAUGGACGCGUUAUCCAAAACUGCUGUCAUGGAAAUCAGCAAACUGGUGGAGAUCGAGUCGAAGAUGCUGAAAAUCGAGAUAACCCGAGGGCGCAACGAGAUCUCCUCCCUCACCGAGAAACUGCAGCUGAUGGAGAAACUGCUUUAUAUCGCACAGGGGGGCAGACAUGAGGCGGCGGUAGCGUGCACAGUGGUGGGGGAUGCCCCAGCAAACAGAGCGCUGGAGCCGGACAGGACAAGACCUGCCAUCAAGAGUGAGUUCCCAUGGGAAAGCAUAAGUUCCUCCACUGAGAUCAGCAGUUUGCACCACGUUGAGGAGGAGCAGGCUGCAGCUGAACUUCCACAGAAAGAGCAGCCUGAUCUUAUCGUGGUGAAGGAGGAGCCGUCAGAGGUGGACACCAGGGACACUCAGAAAGACAGGACAAGUGAAGACAGAAGGGAAGCAGUCACAGACGCUCAGAGGAGCUCAGAUGUGAUGCAGCGCAACAAACCGAUCGCAGAGCGUCAGCAGCCCAUGUUCCCUGAAAGCUUUGUGACCCUGAACUCCCAGUCAUCUCUUGCUGGACCAGGGAGGAGGGAAACACAGUGGAAUCAACAGCUCGCCCCUGCAAACACAUCCAAUCUAGAGGCCGGGAAAAGCAUUGCUCAAAACGUUGCCUCCCAAAGCUUAAGCGUGCUCAGAAAUAUGAAGAUUCACACUUUGAGGAACUCGGGUGCAAAGAGGUUCGCCUGUCUGCAGUGCGGCAAGAGCUUCAGGUGCUUUAGUCAGCUUGAAAUCCACCAGAGGAGUCACACAGGAGAGAAACCCUUCAGGUGCACGCUGUGUGGAAAGAGAUAUGCACAGAAAGGACAUCUGUACACACACCAGCGCACACACACUGGGGAGAAGCCGUAUCGCUGUCCAAUUUGCGGAAAGGGCUUCAUUCAGAAAUGCACUCUUGAUAUGCAUCAGCGUACACACACCGGAGAAAAACCUUUUGUUUGUAUCAAAUGUGGCAAGGGUUUCACAAAGAACUGUAAUCUGAAAAAACACCUUGCGGUACAUUUAGAUCCUGGUUUAACCAUGUAUGGCUGUGAUUCUGCUGCUUCAACAUUCAGUGCGACAUUAAUUAAAGCAGUUUUGAAAAUAUUCCGUCUCUCCGUCGAGAUGAUGUGCGACACCACGAACCGGAGCUUUCGGACGCAGCUCGCCGUCAUCCUGGACAAACUGACCAAGGCGGCUCUGGUGGAGAUCAGCAGCCUGGCGGACGAGUGCUCCUCCGUCCUUCACACCGAGAUAUCGCUGCACAAGACGGAGAACGAGGCGCUGAAGAAGCGGUGCUACUCGCUGGAGGUCCAGCUGAGAGCGGCGAGGGAGGCGCAGACCUUCCCCGCCCAUGUCAACAGUGUCAGCCGCCGGCUCCCCGCAGAACAUCAGCAACCGGCUCCGGCUAUCGAUGGAGUUUUUGGGAAGGACUGGUGUAUGGACUUUUGGAGAGAAGAGAAACUCCCUUCUCACAGAAAAGAAACAAUGGAGCCUGCAGCUAUGACAAGCAUGGGAGUACCGGCAAUAGACUUGACGGAGAGAGAGCCUGAUACCAUCUUUGUCAAGGAGGAGAUAUACGAUGAUCAUCCCAUUGGUCAGCAGAUGGCUUUCACAGAUAGCAGAAAAAUUGUUGGGAUUUUUGAGGAGGACACCAUGCUUAAUAGAUCUGUCGAUGAGCUGGAGCUUCACCCAGGGGAUUUAAACAACUUUCACAUGACGGCUGACAGUCAAACACAACAACGCACGCAGCCAUCAAUCAUGGACAAGUUAAUAGAUGACGCAACAAUGAGCACUCUGGCCGACAACACCAAUCCUUCUUCAGCCACCGCCGAAUACUCAGACUACACGAACGAUAUCCACAUGAACACAACGAAAGAACUCAUGAUUCAGCCGAAACCUUUAAAGCCAACAAAACGGUUCGAGUGCUUAUUCUGUGGGAAGCUGUUCAACUAUUUAAGCAGUUUAAAAGUCCACAUCAGGCGACACUCCGGUGAGAAGCCGUUCAGCUGCUCCGUGUGCGGGAAGCGAUUUGCUCAGAAAACGUACCUGAAACUGCACCAGCGCGUGCACUCGGGGGAGAAGCCGUACAGCUGUCCAAACUGUGGCAAAAGCUUUUCCCAGAAAAGCUCUCUGAACAUACAUCUUCGGACACACACUGGUGAAAAGCCUUAUAGCUGUGUGGAUUGUGGGAAGUGUUAUGCGUACAAGUACGGCUUAAAUCACCACCAGUGUUUCACUUGACCUGUCAAACAACCAUGUGGAGAACUUAUACUUAUAAGAUGUCUAACUGUGCUCACAGUCGCUCAGCAUGUGCCAGGAUGUAUAUAGGGAGAUUUGAAAUACCCCAUUUGAAUCACAAAGCCUGUAUGGUUAACAGUGCUGCUGUAAAUCGUAGCUUGUUUGGUGUUUUUAGUUUUACUGAUAUGAGAAAUUCUGCAGCAGCAAAAUAAGGGUAUAGAUAAUAUUUAUCCAUUUUAAUGUACCAUUUGAUUUGGUGGGAUUCUUCGGGGUCGGGAGAUGGUUGUUGUCAAUUUGUAUGAUCCGCUCAUCAAAUCGUUUUAAAGUCAAUUUCACAUUGUGCUUAUAAUCAGCUUAGAUGAAACACAUUUUCUGAUCUAAACUAUGAAAAAAAAUAUUUCCCAUUUUGCCCAUGCAUGUUGUCUAAUGACUGGCGAAAUGUGUUACAUAUACAUAUAUAUACCUCAGCGUUAUACUGUCCAUCAGACCACAAAAGGCCUGUGUUGAUGCCAAAAUAGCUUUGGACAAGUGCUCAGUUUGCACACAUGUAGCAUAAACCUUUAAAUCUACCUCUUCACAACAAGGUUGGAGUAAAACAAAGUCCUCAGUUUGCUUCAUUG